GAACGAGACGGCGUAACUAACAGAAGACAGCAACCACGGUUGAAAACGGCAGCUAACGUUAACGUUACCGUUUGUCUGCACAAUGGAGACACCUGACAGCACUGCGGGAACAGAUUUAACUAUAACAGUAACUGUCGUCCGUGGAAAUAACCUGCAAGGAAAAAAGGCAGACAGCUUACAGAGUUUUCUGGAGAUUCAGUUGGAUGGAACAGUGCUGGGAGAGUCAGACAAGAAGCUGUCUGAACCUGUGGAGCAGCAUAUUGACUAUGACUUUACCUGCAGUUUCCACUACCCCAAUGAUGCUCAGGCUCUCAGUAACAUCGCCCAUAAACCGAUCAUACUGACAGUGAUAGAAGUCCUGCCUGAGGAGAAGAAAGUUGAGGCGAAGACAGCGGUGCUGGGCCAAGCUGUGGUCGACCUGCUGCCACUGCUACAAGGUCAGUGCAGCUUCUCGUCCACAGUCCCACUGAAACCAGUGACCAGCUCACCAGCCAAAGAGGUCCAGGACUCCAGUAGCAAGAGCAGCCGGAAUGAGGAGACAGCAAUUAAAGCCACACAGAAGUCACUGGUCAGCAAAGUCAUUUUGAAGUGGAAGAGGAAGUGUUUGCAAUGGCGCUUAGAACCACAGCAGUCGACUCUGGAUGUGUGUGUCAGUGUAUCGGAUCCAGUGCUGUCUGAGGCUGAACUCUCAGCCUCCAACCUGCUGAGGGUAACUGUGGAGACAGCCUAUUCCGUCCCUGAGUCAUGGAUGCUGCUGUCUGGCCCUGGCCCUGCCCCCUGCACAUACACUGCAGCCCUGGAGGUCCCACUUAGUGCAGAGAAAGAUCAGGUACUGGUGUUCUGUGAAGGGCAGCUGAUGGCUGGAGGGCAGAGGGAGGAAAUAGGCCGACAGAGGAAGAGGCCACAUCAGGCCAUGCUGGUCCCAGGGAACCAUUUUCUGCCUGCUGCCUUUUUCCAGGCAGAGCCCAUUGAACAGGAGGAUGGUGAGCUGACUGGCUUAGAGGACCGGAGGUUUCGCACUGAGGCAGAGACCAUGAAGAAUAGGGUGAGCUGGGACACAGAGAUGUGCUGCUUCGUGGAUGCAGAAGGAAUUAACAGGCUGCGGUAUAGGAUCACUGAGAACAGACUCUGGCCAGUGGAGAUUAUGAGGUCGUCGGCUCCGCUGUCAAAGGCAGCAGAAACCAAGUUGCUAGCUGAGGAGAACCCAGAGAUCCCCUUCCAUGGCGUGGCAUUUGUGGACAUGGGCCGGCUGCUGUAUCCUGGAGUCAACCGCAUCCGAGGAGCAUACAGCAUUCAGCCUUUCUCUGAGGCUGAGUUGCUGCAAAAGGCCAAUUCGAGUGUCAGUGUGUUAAAGGAGGAGGCCAAGGCUGCAGCCAACCUAGCCAAAGCCUGUGCUUCAGCUGCAGGCUCGCACAGGGGUAAGGCAGGGAAGAACUUGGACAAGGGAGCCAAGGAUUCCAAGGAGCCAGCCAAAAAGCAAUCUGGCAAUCAGAGCAGGAUGGCUGGGGCUGGCAGUGUGACCGACAGCCUAACCGAAACUGAGCCAACGCAAGUCAAUACGGAGGGAAAUAUGUAUCUAGAGGCCAGAACUUAUAUUAUCAUUGAGAUUGCCUUGGAGAAACCACUGGUACCCAAAACAACUCCAGAGGAGCUGGCCAGAAGGGUGAAGGAGUUGAUCCCACCCAGAUCUCCACUUCCAACGGGUCCUAGCAGAGCAGAAAGAGCAGUGCUGGACUUCCACAAGCAGGUAGGCAACAUGGUGACUCAUGUUUCAGACCAGUAUAUGGAAUUGUUUGGAGCAAGAUGCAAGCCGUCAGGAGACUACAGCCAGGAGCAAAUGAAGGUUCAGCUGAUGGGAACGCUCAGUGUCUCUGCGAGAUACUUUGCCUUCAAGGAACAGAUGAAGCAUGCAGUGGUGAAGAUUGUACGUGACACGAUGCAGCAGACGGAGCCAAUCACUGACCCUCAGGAGCUAAAGGUUUUUGUCAGCAAACUCUAUGUUUACCUGGUGGAUGAGAUGCACAUAGCGCUCAACAAGAUUUAUUCAGAUGAUGUUGACGAUGACUCGCCAGAUGAAAUCCAGUUGAGUUCUUCUCAGCUCAGACAUUUUGCCAGAGAGGCUCAGCUUACUGGGGAUUAUCAGCAGGCUGUUCAGUACUACCAAGAGCUAGUGGUAAGGUACCCCAGUGAGCCCUCCUACAAGUUUGAGUGGGGAAGCCUCUACAUGCGGACCGGAGACUACAUGAAGGCUAAAGAAUGUUUUCAUGACGCUGUGUCCAUCCAACAGGCACACAAACCCAGCCUGAUUAUGUGUGGGGUCUUGGCAGCGAUGUCUGAGCAUUACAAGGAGGCCCAGACCUUCCUGGAGCGAGCCACCAUCAUAGACCCUCCCUCUGUGGUGGCCUGGACGCUGCUGGGUUUGCUCCAUGAGAGCCAGAAUGAAUCCAUCCUGUCUGAGAGUGCUUUUCUGGAGGCCAGAAGGCAGCUGUGGUCAAAAGAGGCAAAGAAACACACACAGAUCAAGGAGGAGAAGAAAGACAAGGAGGAGAAGAAAGACAAGGAGAAACAUCAGCAGGAGGAAGAGGAGAUGACCAUUCCUGCAUGUCAGUCUCCCACUGUGAAGCAAGACCCAGAAUAUGGAGACGAGGACUCAGGGGCACAGGAAGAACCUCCUGCACAAAGUAUCAGCACCAAAUCAGAUCCAGCUAAGCUGUCCUGUACCAUUUACACAGAGACGGCUCAGUUCCUGCUGCAGAACACUGCCUUGCAGAUGGUGGAGCAUGCGCUGUCCCAGGAGCUGCUGUGGUCAGACAGUGGUCGCAGUGUCUCCUAUCUUCUUCAUCUGGCCCAGUUGCAGCUGCUCAGAGCUGACUAUUGCAGUGCCGGUGCCAGCCUCAAGGAGGUGCUGUUUCACAGCAGCCAGGAUGCAGACGUGUGGGCUCUGAAUGGUCACUGUCACUACCUGCAAGGGGCGUUCAGUGAUGCCCAGGAGAGCUAUGAGCGGAGCCUGAACUUCCUACGGCAGCCAUCAGACUCCCACCUUGUCCUCCUCCGCCUGGGAUCCAUCUACCUCCAGCAAGAGAAGUUUGACCAAGCCAAAGCUAUCUACCUGCAGGCUUGUGAGCAGUCUCCGUCCUGCCUGACCUGGCUGGGCCUGGGCACUGCCUGUUAUCGGCUGGAGGAGCUGUGUAUAGCUGAGGAAGCACUGACAGAGGCCAACCAUUUGAACAACCAGAAUGCAGAGGUGUGGGCUUACCUAUCUCUGAUCUGCCUCAGGUCUGGCAGACAAGAGGAAGCAGAGCAGUUUUAUAAAUAUGCAACAAAGUUCAAUCUGCAGAAGGAGUCACUCCUCAAAGAGUUCAAUGAACUGAAGGAUCAGCUCCGCUUCAGUCGGCUAGUGUCAUGCUUCGGAACAAGCUCUGAAGCAGGGGUCUCAAUGAAAUGACCAAGUACAUUUCACACACACAAACAUGUUUACGUUGUGACAUUUAUUGUGAAAUGAAACACAGCCGGCUCAGAUGCACAAGUCAUAUUUUACAGAGGAGAUCGGUAACUGGCCAAGCCAUAAAAAAGUUAAACCCUGUUCAACUUCAACAUUACAACAAACUCAAAUACUCUUAAAUUUGUAUAAAACAACAACAAAAAAAUGUACACCAUUAACAAAAGAAAAGAAAAAGGGCAUGUGGUGACUGGUAUUAUCAGAUUAUUUUUUAGAAAAACCAUGAUCUCACUUUUCAUGUCAUUUUUACCAUCUGAACAGCAAAACAAGCCUGAUGAAACAUCCCAGCCUUGUUCUAAGCUACUUUUGGCACAAUUUGCUUUGGAAUUAAAUGUUAUGUGGAAUAUAAUGUUCCUGUCGAAUACAUCUAUAGUGCUGAUGUUGCAUUGAAUGGAUUUCUUAUGUUAAAUUAGCAAAUUAGUGUUCGCAAAACGUGGUAUUGGAAAAUGCAUUUCAUAUAUAUUUCCUGUACCUUUAAAAUACACUGUUUUUGAAGUGG